GUUAAAAAUACAGUGAAGGAAGACCUACUUUUGAGCAUCAUAAAACUAUACUGUCUUUAUCCCGGUCCCAAAGAUGCACUCGGGCGUUUUAAGGGGCUCUGCUUAGGAAAUCGUGCAACUUUCAAAUCAUUCACAAUUAAUCAUUUUAAUGUUGUGCUGGAGGCUUUUUGCAGUUCAGGCAAUGCCUACGACUGCCGUCGAUUUUUUAGUUUUAUGAUUAACAAGGGUUAUAGGCCUAACGACAGGUCGUGGGCUUUUCUCUUUGCGUCGUACCGUGACUCGCCGGGGGGCCCGACCGAGCGCUUGGCUUGGGCAAAGUACCUGGAGGUUACCCCUGCUCCCUCUCCUCUAGUGUUUUCCGAGUAUAUUCGAAACAUUUCCCGCUACGACAUUGAAACAGCGUUACAAUUGGUACGAACGCACUGCCACUCACGUUUCUCUGUCCUCGAAGUAUCUGCCAAUGCCCGCUUCGAUGCGGAAACAUAUAUUCUGGCGAGCUGCCCAAAACUCUCCUUGUAUGAGCUGAAGCUCUCCUUGUUUCCUACGGCAAGAAUGUUUGCUGACCUACUGAUGGUUUGCCGGCAGCACUUGGAACUUGGAAAACUUGACAGCGUGCGACACGCUUAUGAAAUAUUUCUGAUCUGUAAGAAACUCAACAUGCCCAGCCCCCUUCUUGUGCUCGGUUUAGUUUGCUUUCAAAACACUUUUUUCGAUAUUAAGCGCUCUCGGUGGGCGUCUGAGCAUAAUUCUGCCGUAGACUAUUUUGUUACUAUCGAACUGGGCGAGCUUGUGAUUAAGUAUCCUACAGCCGCAGCACUGACUAUGUACUUCGGUACACUUGUAAAAUGUGUUGAAGCCGCUGGUGAGCAAUGUAGUGGUUACCCUUUUCGAAAAGUUUUUCCUUUGUUAAACGAAUUAGAAGAUGCCUUAUUUAUCACCCCUUCGAGUUUGGAUCCCUGGGCAGCAUACUUCGGUUUCAGGCUUCGUUAUGCAAGACGAUACGGGAAAUUAUUGGAAACUGUCGGGAAUUUACUUAGUCUCCUGGAGAAAGCCGAAGCAAACGCUAUCUAUUUUUCCUCCGACAGUUACCGGAGUUUUUGCCGUGCCAUCGCCAAUACUGCCGAUGAGGCAGUUAGUAGCGAAAAUCUUGACUCUUUAAGGACUUUGCAGCAACACAUGAAGAGAUUCGGGAGUGUCGUUCCCCGCAGCACACCGGAGCAUCAUCCCGGUCUUGCCUGGGCCGAGGCUUUAAUUAAAGUUCAGCUCUACGAAGAAGCCAUCUUCGUGUUCGAAGAAACGCUCGGCCUUCAAAUCCCCGCCGCGGCAGGCACGGUGGCCUUCCUCUGCGCUUCCCUACAAAAAGUGAAUCUUCUCACACGUCCGCUGUUGCUACAUACCUUUCGGUCUUUGCACCUGCUGAUUUUUGAAGAAAACAGUGACCUUGAAGUUUUUUUAAAGGAACUGCUUCCGACUUGUUUAAAAGCAGGCUUGGAGAAAGAAGGUUUGGAUUGUUAUUCCCGCCUUAAAGAUAUGCACGGCUCCGAAUUUUCUUCCAAUUUUUUGUCGAGCAUGUUGAUCUAUGCCAGCGAGAACAAUUAUUUGGAGCUCGUGGAUCAACUACUUAGAGAUGCUCUUGUCAGUAGCCAUAAUCUUUCCAUACAUUCCCACUGCGCCGUCGCUGAUUUAUUUGUGCGGCUUUCUCUUUUCGAUGAAUCUCGUGUUCAUCUUUACGAAAUUAUCAAAAAAGUAAGCAUUCUUGCUAAAGAAAAAACAGUAAUUUGCGAAACUACACAGACUUUUUAUGCGCAACCACAAAAAUUGCUGACACAAACUUUUAGCAAAGGAAUAUUGUUUCUUCUUACAGGCGGACAUUAUGUUGAUGCGACAUUGCUAAUAACUCACUGCGAGGAAUUGUCCAUUUCGCUGCAUUCUGAAGUUUAUAGCGCUUAUGUCAACCUAAUAAAGGCUCUAGGCAACAGCAAACAUAUUGCAGUGAAAGACGAGACGAUCGUGUCGGAAAGGCAAUCAUCUGGAUUUCGAGUUAUAGAAAGAGAAAGCGAAGCUCUAAGUAAGGAAAAGUUCGAUAUUUACAAAACGCAGAUUUUAAAGAAAGCCGCUAGUAUGCACAGUGAAGUUUAA